AUGGUUUGUGGCACAAUAAUGGUGGCAGUCUGCUUAGCCUCAAUGUCUCUAGGACAGGAAGUAGACAUAGAUGACGAUAUUCCACAAACGAAUAGCAAUAUACUAAUGGACUUUCAACACAGGUUAACUGUUCUGGAAAAUCUACAUAAAGAAGACACUAUUCGUAUUGGCGAACUCGAAAAACAGCGACAUGCUGAUCAAAGCCGUAUUGCCAUCCUUGAGAAACAACAGCGAUUGGAUAACAGUCGUAUUUCUGACUUUGUAAACAAUAGAUUUGUUGACAAGAGGAAUAUCGCCAGUCUUCUGAAACAGCGUCGAACUGACCGACAGCGAAUAGAUGACCUUGAGAAGCAGAAAUCAAUUGAUGAAAAUCGCCUUUAUGGCAUUGAGAACCGGCUAGAUCUGGGUCAUUUAAAAGACAUUGUUAAAGAAUGUAGAAAAGACUUAAAUGUCACAAGCACCGUUGAUGUAAAACGUCCGACUUCAGGAAGGAAAUCGAAACACGAUACAAUAAAAUCAACAUCUGUUAAAAACGACCAAGAAAUUGAAAAACGUGUGUCGGACAAUGGAAACACCGUAGCAUUUUCCGCCGUUUUAUCUCAUGAUUACAAACCAAUUGUAGAUCAUAUGGAGAUGCAUUUUGACAAUGUGGUCACUAAUAUUGGAGGGUCUUACAGUGGAAACACUGGUACUUUCACGUGUUCACGUGCGGGUGUAUAUGUGUUCUUAUGGACAGUGCACGUUAACCCACGCUUCGCGUACACAGAACUGGUAAAAAAUGCUGUAGUGGUUGGGAAGGCGUUUUCUGGGGAUUCGCAGUACAGCGGAUACGGAGGAAGUUCCGUGGUGUUACAACUGGUUGAAGGAGACGAAGUUUGGGUUCGAGUAGGUGCUCAUGCAACUCUAACAUAUAUAUAUGGCAAUGCACGUUCAACAAUGUUCUCAGGAUUUCUUCUCCAGUAG